GAGAUUAAUCGAAGUUCAUUUAGUUUCCAUGGCAGCCGCAGAGUUUACGUAGGUAAAGUAAGGAGCAGAGAAUCUCACCAACAGCCGCAGGAGCGACAACGAGCCGGAGUGCCGUUGAGCAGAGCAGACAGGUGACAGUCUCCGUGGCGACCAUUGACAGCAGCAGCCCUUGUCCCAUACACUUGGCCACCAGCCCACGUCACAUGGCGUCAGAGCAGAAUCCACUGGAUCCAUUGGAUCUACAGGUGCAGCCAGAUCCUGGAUACUACAACUCUUACCAGGAACUCGUUGCUGCCUCAGGCCUUAACCCUAAUGCUGAGGUAUGGACCAAUCACAUCUUGGACCUGAGCAUUCCUGACUCUGCCUACCAGCAGCUUCAGCAGCCAUUGCUUCAGGUCCGUGACACUCUGACCCAUCAGGGAGGACAUAUGCUAGCAUGCCAGCUGGAAAACAUGAGCCUGAAUGACCCCAGCACACUGGAGUACCGGGCACUGACAGCUGAAGCUCCUGUCAGUAAUGGAGAGUCCUGUGGCCCACCUGUGACAGAUGAGAUCAGACAAAAGCUGAGGACACUAUUGGAGUUCUAUCUGAGCAGGGAGAACCUCGGCAGCGACCUGUACCUCCAGUCUCAGAUGGACAGCAACCAGUACAUCUCCAUCUCAACUCUGACCACCCUCGACAAUAUCAAGAACCUCACCACAGACCUGGGCCUCAUCUCUGAAGUUCUCAGAUCCAUGCCGCUGGUCCAGCUGGCCCCGUGUGGACAGAAAGUCCGGCCCAGGCAGGAUCGGUGUGUUAUAAUCCUGAGGGAGAUUCCUAACACCACACCUCGAGAGGAGGUGGAAGCUCUCUUUCAGGGGGAGAACCUGCCCAAGUUCCAGAGCUGUGAGCCUGUGAGCAACAAUAACUGGUUCAUCACCUUCAAAUCAGAAGCCGAUGCACAAAAGGCCUACAGGUCCCUCAGAGAAGAGGUUCGGGUGUUUAAGGGAAUGCCCAUCAUGGUGAGGAUAAAGUCCAAAAUAAUGUCACCCUAUGCUCCAGAAAAUGGCUUCCUGCCCGCCCAGCUGGGCCAGUGCAUCCAGAACUACAGCUCCUACUUCCCCCAGAUCACCUACCAGCAUUUCUGCCCAGCCCACGUGUCCACACAGCAGCUGUACAAUAUCCCCAGUGAGGUGUGGACUUCAGCUGCAUCUGGAUACCAAGACUAUGCCAGAGAGUUCCAGAAACCGACCUACGCUGAGGUCCACCAGAGAAGCUUAUCCAGCAACUCGAAACCUACCUCCACAAAACUGGACAAUCCACCUAAGAGAAGUGAAAACGCCGAUCAGAUGAAGAGAACACACUUUUAUUUUUAAUGUAAUGAGUGUCUGAAAGAUACGAUUGUUUUCUUGUCCUAACUGUAAAAACAGGCUGCACGACAAAGAACGAUCUGUUGUGAUAUGUUCUCACAUUGAAGUCUUUAAAUGUUUUUAGACAGGAAGCUGGAAGAAAUCUGCAAAUGUUGAUCUGCUGCUUUAAUUUCUGCUUUAUUUCUUGGUCAGUCGUUCAGGUCAGUUUACAGAGAGCCAGCUUCCAUUUUUGAUAUUGUCUUCUUUUGCUGAUGGCAUUGCCACUUAUUUUCAUCGUGUGUGUGUGUGUGUUUGAUGCUUUCUUGAUUGUACAGGAUGCUUCGCUGUGAUUGUGAAUUUGUUUUAUAGUGUUUAGUUUUUCCCACCACAUAUCUGUGCUGUCUGUGUGCUGCAGACACACAUGCUGCUUUUUCCAUAAAUAUUUCUGCUCAUGUGUUUCCAUUUUCACAGAAAUGUGAGGGUCCAGUGUGUUUAAUGAGACCUGAGUGGGAUCAGAUCUGUGGACUGAUUCAGUGUUUCUAGUCCCGGGAUCAAAAGUAUGUUUAAAAGUGCUGUAUAUUAAUUUACAUUUUUCUUUAGAACAUUUUUAUUUCUGUUAAACCGCUUUAGUGUGUUAAAGCUUUAUUAGCCUCAUGUUUUCAUGUCACAUGAGCUCAGCUGGGCUUCCAGAGAGGCUGGGUGGGUGGUUACUGUGUCUGUAAACCCCAUUUCAGUUUGAACUCUAUGUGAGGAUGUGAACUUGAUUGUAAUGAGGCCGUUGUUCCUUUGUUUGAAUGUAAAGUUUUAAUGUGAAACAGUUUUCAUGGAGAGAGAGGCGGCAUGUUGUGGAAUAUUACUCUGUACAGAUGUAAAUAUUGAACAAAUAUUAAAGAAGUGCCUUCGAAGUUAAA